GCAUCAAAAGCUGUUGGAACUGGUGAAGGACAAUGUGGUCAAAGCUCAGGAAAAAACAAAGGGCAAAAUAAAAAUGAUGACGAGAGAUGUCGUCUUCAAAGUUGGUGACAAAGUUUUAAGAGCUAACAUAAGAAGUCAGCAGAGGAAAGGGGGAAAACUUGAAGCAAACUUUUUAGGCCCUUACAUUAUUACAGCAAUCCAAGGUAAAAGUGCAGAUCUUCAGGAUUCCAAUGGGACAAUCAUUCCAAAAGUAAAUAUUGACCAACUAAAGUUAAGCAAAGACAGCAUGCCAAGAGUGCCACACCGGGGUUCAAAGAAACAGCAGCCACAUUACCAACAGCACAACCAGGUCCAGCAGCACCACAAGCUGCAGCAGCACCAGCAUCUGCUCUAGCUUCACAGGCUACAGCAGCACCAGUGGCGGUAGCACCACCACCACCUCCUCCUAGAGCUACACAGCCUACAGCACCAAUGGCAUCACUUACAUCACUAUCGGUUCAAACACAACAUCCAUCUCCAGUUCCACAAGGUAUAGCAAUAACGGUAUCAGAUCCAGAGUCAGGAGCAACAGCACAGAAAGAGAACGAACCAGCCACAAGUGCUACAGCACCAGAAUAUGCUACAGCUGUACAAACCGAAUCCCAAACAGCAGCAGACCCAGCCUCAAAGACCAUAACAGCAGACCAGGCCUCACAAACCACAACAGCAGACCCAGCCUCACAAACCACAACAGCAGACCAGGCCUCACAAACCACAACGGCAGCAGACCCAUCCUCACAGACCACAGCUCCAAAUGCUACAACCACACAAGCCUCAGCUCCACAGAUUACAGCCCAGCAAUCUACAGCACAAACCAUGGAAGCAACAGUUCCACUUGUGACACCAGCCCCAGCAACAGCCACACAAGCUAGCCCUGCACCACCUCCAGCAUCACCCUCUCAGAGAUACACUGAACCUGUUGCAGAGAAAUAUAUAAUGGAUGCCUGGGCUGGAAAGAGUCCUCACGUUCUACUCUCCAAAAUUGGUGCUUACAAAUUAUUCUACUGGGAUAUCCAACAAAUUGGUCCGGACAUGGAGUUGGAAAGUGAGUCUAUUAAUGCAUAUCUUGCGAUCAUGGUGAGACAAUGCAAUCGCCAUAAUUCAGCCAAAGCAGCAUUCAUUGAUUCAUUUUCAAUGACUGCCAUUUGGAAGAGAAAAGCUCCAAGACUCAAGAUCAAACCCAUGGAGCAUGAAGUGAUUCUGGGAAUUGUAAAUGAACAUCAUCACUGGACAUUAGUGGUCAUUUACCCACAAGAAAAGAAGUCGCUGUAUCUUGAUCCACUCGGAGAAACUAAACAAGGUAUCCAAAAUUGUUUGGAAUCAACAAGGGCAUUCAUGCGAAAAAAAGGAUGCAACGUCUCAAGGUGGACUUGUGACACAGUCAAACACCCAAAACAAUUGGACGCUACCUCAUGUGGAGUCUUUGCAUUGAAAUUUGCUGAAAAGAUCUUGCAAAAAGAGUCAAUAGACUUUCCGUCUACAAAAAAGGCCAUAAACACACACAGGCUGCAAAUUGCCACCACUCUCCUCCUAGAGACAGAUGACUUGACAAACAUCUGUCUUUUCUGCGGCGAAGAAGAGCAUGAAACUGACAACAAAUGGAUUCAGUGUGAGAUGUGUUUGCGGUGGUUCCACCAGCUCUGCGUGAAAAGCCCACCACCAGAAGACGUGUUUAUUUGUUUCGCUUGUACAUAGUUGACACUAAAGGUGCACAGCUAGUGUUCUUAUGGCACACAUUGUUGAGAACACACAUAUCGACAUAUAUAUAUAUGUAGAUGUUAAAUUAAGAAGUCUAAAAAAAGAAAAUGGUCUCCAAAGUUACUGUAGUUAUUAGUUAUACUGUGAUUUAUUUUGUAAAUAAACUCUUUCGUGAUAGCAACGCCAAUGUGCAUUAUUGAUGGGGGGGGGCACACA